CAGCUCUUGGCAAGGAAAGAGACCAAACAAUGAGAUGGGUAGAAGAAAGAGCACAAGCAGCAAAGAAAAACAAACACAAAAUCAUCGUCUUAGGUGAUUUUAACUCAAUACCAAAUCCAAGGCUAGACAAAACAACACAAGCCAAACACCAAAGCAAAUCGAACAACCCCACAUCACGUAUCCUCAAGUACCUCCAGUAUAAUGGAUAUAUAGACACAUUCCGGGAAGUACACCCAUGCCAAGAAAGAUAUACAUGGCGGAACAGCAGAAACACUGAAACCAGAAUCGAUCAGAUUUGGAUGUCAUCAGACGAAGAGUGGAACUUGGUUGAGGCAUACAUAGCUGAGUCAGAAGCAAUAACACACAGCGAUCAUGAAAUAGCAGGAUGCCAAAUUGAAGUUGGUGACAUAGUCAAUAAAGACAAACAAACACUUAAUAAAGCAACAGCCAUCGCAAAGAAAUACCUAUCAGGAAAAAUAGAUGCUGAAAGCACGGCAAGACAAGUGAGCGAAUGGAUCAAAGUAAAUGCCCAAACAGCAAAAUUAUUGUCAACCGAACUCACAGAUACACCCAAGGGCAUAAGCCUG